GGGCAGGAAGCUGGGCCUGUGCAAGCACUCAAGGGCGCCUGUCUUUGGACAAGGAGACGAGGCACAGCAUUUGAGGCGGCGGGCCUGGUACAGAGCACCUUGACUCAGGGUCGGUUUUAAGAUUGCCCCGCCCAGUUUGUGUCGCCGUCAGUGAUAAGGGGCGUUACAGGGGUGCUUUGCGACGAGGUGACAAUCGUUACCGACGGUAAUGGCGGCGGCCAUGGAGAUGUUCCAUGUGCAGCACACGCAGGGGCACGUCCUGUGCUGCCUCUGCGGCACGUCGAUCCCGCCCAACCCGUCCAACAUGUGCGUCGCUUGUAUACGGACGCAGGUGGACAUUACGGAGAGCAUUCAGAAGCAGGUCACGGUCUUGUUCUGUAAGGAGUGCGAGCGCUGGCUGCAGCCCCCCAAGAACUGGACACGCGCCAAGCUCGAGUCAAAAGAGCUGCUCACCUUCUGCAUCAAGCGCGUGCGGAACCUGAACAAGGUUAAGCUAAUCGACGCCGGGUUUAUCUGGACCGAGCCGCAUUCGAAGCGGCUGAAGCUCAAGCUGACGAUUCAGAAGGAGGUGUUCAAUGGGGCGAUCUUGCAGCAGACGUUUGUGGUGGAGUUUGUCGUGGAGGACCACAUGUGCGACAGCUGUUCGCGUGCUGCCGCCAACCCGGACCAGUGGAUCGCUAAAGUGCAGCUACGGCAAAAAGUGGAUCACAAGCGCACCUUCUUCUUCCUGGAGCAGCUGAUUCUCAAGCACGGCGCGGACUCCAAUACGAUCAAUAUCAAGCAGAUCCACGACGGGGUCGACUUCUACUACUCCAACCGCAGCCAUGCGCUCAAGUUCGUUGACUUCCUCAACUCCGUGGUCCCCAUCAAGCAGCGCGCCGACAAACAACUCGUUUCCCACGACUCCCACUCCAUGACCUACAACUACCGCUUCACGUUCAGCGUCGAAAUCGUUCCCGUCUGCAAAGACGACCUGAUCCUGCUCCCGCAAAAAGUGGCCAACGCGCUCGGGAACGUCGGGCCGCUCGUGGUUUGCACGCGGGUUAGCAACACCGUGCAGCUGCUCGACCCGCUAACCCUGCGGUUAGUGUACCAGGACGCGAACCAGUACUGGCGCGCGCCGUACCGCCCGCUUAUCGUAAGCAAGCAGCUGGUCGAAUACGUUGUGCUCGACAUCGAGCCGGUCGCGGGCGGCCACAGCGCGACAGGUGGCAGCGGGAAGGAGCGGUACGCGCUCGCGGACGCGACGGUCGCGCGGACGUCAGACUUUGGGAAGAAUGACGUCAUCUUCCAGUGCCGGACGCACCUGGGACAUCUACUGCAGGCGGGGGAUCUGGCGCUCGGGUACGAUUGCUAUGCGGCGAACACGAACGCGGAUUCGGAGUUGGAAAAGUUCAAGGGGUUCCAGCUUCCGGACGUGGUGCUGAUCAAGAAGAGCUACGAGGAGAAGCGGCGGAAGCGGCGCGGGCGCGGGCGCGCGUGGAAGCUGCGGCAGCUGCCCAUGGAGGUGGAGGCGACCACCAAGGACGACGACAAGGCGCGCGUCGACUACGAGCGCUUCUUGGAGGAGCUUGAGGAAGACCCGGAGAUGCGCGCCAAGGUGGCGCUCUACAAGGACCCGACGUACGUGGCGCGGCCGCGCGACGAGGACACGAUGACGGAGACCGACGGGGAGGAGCCGCCGCAGGUGCCGCUGGAGGAGUUGCUGGAUGAGCUGACGCUGGAGGAACAUGCGGACGAGGAUGAGGAGAUGGAGGGAUAGCUUAUUGGGGUGUAUGGAUAGGCGAUGGGGUGGGCGGUAAGAGAAGGCGAUGAGUUUGGUGAGCGGGCGCUGGAAGGAGCUGAAGGACGAGCUGACGCUGGAGGAACACGAGGACGAGGACGAGCAAAUGGAGGGAUAGCUUAGGGGGAGUGUGGAUUGGCGAUAGAGAAGAGAAGCAGGCGACGAUAGGGGAGAGGGAUAGGCGAUUGGGCGGAGUGGUGGCGACGGGAAGGAGUUGGGGUCCACCUGUGGAGCUCAAGGGUCCUUUGGACACGGACUGGGCAACAAGGAUUAGGAAGGUGAAGCGGGGUUGGAACUAGCUCACGGAGAGAGAAUAGACGGUACCGCGAUAGAUGGGAUGGAGGCAUCGACAAGCAGCGGCAUGUCAGAUGUGACGGGCUGUGGGGAAGUUAAGGGGAGGGGGGGGCGAGUCAAGUGACGGGGCUCUUGGAAAGUUCAUGAGUGCGCGUGGUCGGGUUCCGGAGGGGCUUCUCAUGGAUUGUGAAACGUUCAAGUGAGCAAAGUAGACGAGUAGAACAAGCUUUUAGGUUGGUGGAAGUGCACAUUUUACGAGUUAACAAAGUAGAUUACCAUCAUGGAUAAUGUGGAUGCUGUCCGAUGGAAAAGAGACCUUCGUCAAUGUACAGCUGGAAAUCUACAAUUCUGCAUGCUCAUUGGAAGUUUGGAAACGGGCGAAUGCAGAUGCUGCUGAUUGGUUGUUGGGCUGCGAAUGGCCGGGCAACCCUGGUUUGGGU